CCCCGCCGUCGAGUCGCCCCCGCCUCGCCCGCACCAUGAUCGCCGCGGCUUUCCUCGUCUUGCUGAGACCCUACAGCAUCCAAUGUGCCCUCUUCCUCUUGUUGCUUCUGCUGGGCACCAUCGCCACCAUCGUCUUCUUCUGCUGCUGGCACCGCAAGCUCCAGAAAGGGAGGCAUCCGAUGAAAUCGGUCUUCUCGGGUCGUUCGAGAAGCCGAGAUGCUGUUUUGAGAUCGCACCACUUUCGUUCUGAGGGAUUCAGAGCAAGCCCUCGGCAUAUUAGAAGACGAGUUGCAGCAGCCGCAGCUGCCCGUCUGGAAGAAGUGAAGCCCGUGGUGGAAGUUCACCAGCAGAGUGAGCAAGAAACUUCAGUGAGGAAACGAAGAAUCAAGAAGAGCAGCCGAGUCCAGCCAGAAUUUUAUCACUCUGUUCAAGGUGCUUCAAUCAGGAGGCCUAGUUCCGGGAACGCGUCCUAUCGCUGCUCUAUGUCUUCCUCUGCGGAUUUUUCCGAUGAGGAUGAUUUCAGCCAGAAAUCUGGCUCCGCAUCCCCAGCUCCGGGAGACACCUUACCCUGGAAUUUGCCUAAACAUGAGAGGUCGAAAAGAAAGAUUCAAGGGGGCUCAGUGCUGGACCCUGCCGAGAGGGCAGUGCUUCGGAUAGCAGAUGAACGGGACAAAGUUCAGAAGAAAACAUUUACAAAAUGGAUAAAUCAGCAUCUCAUGAAGGUUCGAAAGCAUGUGAAUGAUCUCUAUGAAGACUUAAGGGAUGGACACAAUUUGAUUUCUCUUUUAGAGGUUCUUUCAGGAGAUACCUUGCCCAGAGAAAAAGGUCGGAUGCGUUUUCACAGACUACAGAAUGUACAGAUUGCACUUGAUUAUUUGAAAAGACGCCAGGUGAAAUUAGUGAAUAUUAGAAAUGAUGACAUAACAGAUGGAAAUCCCAAAUUGACUUUGGGAUUAAUCUGGACAAUAAUUUUGCACUUUCAGAUAUCUGAUAUCCAUGUUACUGGAGAGUCAGAGGAUAUGUCUGCAAAAGAGAGAUUGCUACUCUGGACACAGCAGGCAACAGAGGGUUAUGCUGGAAUUCGGUGUGAAAAUUUCACUACCUGCUGGAGAGAUGGAAAAUUAUUUAAUGCCAUCAUUCAUAAAUACAGGCCGGACCUGAUAGAUAUGAAUACUGUUGCUGUUCAAAGCAACCUUGCAAAUUUAGAGCAUGCUUUUUAUGUAGCAGAAAAAAUUGGUGUUAUAAGACUUCUGGACCCUGAAGAUGUCGAUGUCUCCUCACCUGAUGAAAAAUCAGUAAUAACUUAUGUAUCAUCUCUCUAUGAUGCAUUUCCUAAAGUCCCUGAAGGUGGGGAAGGCAUUGGUGCAAAUGAUGUUGAAGUCAAAUGGAUUGAAUACCAGAAUAUGGUGAACUACCUCAUCCAAUGGAUUAGACACCAUGUGACCACAAUGUCUGAGAGAACAUUUCCUAAUAAUCCUGUGGAACUGAAGGCACUUUAUAAUCAAUAUUUACAGUUUAAAGAAACAGAAAUUCCACCAAAGGAGACAGAAAAAUCAAAAAUUAAACGCCUUUAUAAAUUAUUAGAGAUUUGGAUAGAAUUUGGACGCAUCAAGCUCCUUCAAGGUUAUCAUCCAAAUGACAUAGAAAAAGAGUGGGGGAAACUCAUUAUUGCCAUGCUUGAGAGAGAGAAGGCACUUCGUCCAGAAGUAGAAAGGUUAGAAAUGUUGCAACAGAUUGCCCACCGAGUUCAGAGGGACAGUGUCAUCUGUGAAGACAAACUAAUACUUGCUCGAAAUGCUCUUCAGUCUGAUUCUAAAAGAUUAGAAUCAGGAGUGCAGUUUCAGAAUGAAGCAGAAAUUGCCGGGUAUAUACUUGAAUGUGAGAACCUUUUACGCCAGCAUGUAAUUGAUGUACAGAUUCUUAUUGAUGGAAAAUACUACCAGGCAGAUCAAUUGGUACAGAGGGUUGCAAAACUGCGUGAUGAAAUUAUGGCCUUAAGAAACGAAUGUUCUUCUGUGUACAGCAAAGGACGCAUGCUGACAACAGAACAGACAAAGCUCAUGAUAUCAGGAAUCACUCAAAGUUUAAACUCAGGAUUUGCGCAGACCUUACACCCUAGUCUCACCUCAGGGCUGACCCAGAGUUUAACACCUUCCCUAACCUCUUCUAGUAUGACUUCUGGCCUGUCAUCAGGGAUGACUUCCCGCCUGACUCCAUCUGUCACUCCAGCUUAUACACCUGGUUUCCCAUCAGGAUCAGUUCCAAAUUUCAGUUCAGGAGUAGAGCCAAAUUCAUUGCAAACUCUGAAGUUGAUGCAGAUCCGAAAACCCCUUCUAAAGUCUUCUUUGCUAGAUCAAAAUUUAACAGAAGAGGAAAUCAACAUGAAAUUUGUUCAGGAUCUUUUGAACUGGGUUGAAGAGAUGCAGGUACAACUGGACUGCACUGAAUGGGGCUCAGAUUUGCCAAGUGUUGAAAGCCAUUUAGAAAAUCAUAAAAAUGUUCAUAGAGCUAUUGAAGAAUUUGAAUCUAGCCUCAAAGAAGCUAAAAUCAGUGAGAUUCAAAUGACAGCACCUCUUAAACUGACUUAUGCAGAAAAGUUGCACAGAUUAGAGAGUCAGUAUGCAAAACUCUUGAAUACAUCCAGGAAUCAGGAACGGCACCUUGAUACACUCCAUAAUUUUGUAAGUCGUGCGACUAAUGAACUUAUUUGGUUGAAUGAAAAAGAAGAGGAGGAAGUUGCUUAUGACUGGAGUGAGAGAAACACCAACGUAGCUAGGAAAAAAGAUUAUCAUGCUGAGUUAAUGAGAGAACUUGAUCAAAAGGAAGAAAAUAUUAAAUCAGUUCAAGAGAUAGCAGAGCAGCUACUUCUAGAAAACCAUCCAGCCCGGUUAACUAUUGAGGCCUACAGAGCAGCAAUGCAGACGCAGUGGAGCUGGAUCUUACAGCUCUGCCAGUGUGUGGAGCAGCACGUAAAGGAGAACACUGUGUAUUUCGAGUUUUUCAAUGAUGCCAAAGAAGCUACUGAUUACCUAAGGAAUCUAAAAGAUGCCAUUCAGCGGAAGUACAGCUGUGAUAGAUCAAGCAGCAUUCACAAGCUAGAAGACCUUGUUCAGGAAUCAAUGGAAGAGAAAGAAGAACUUCUGCAGUACAAAAGCACUAUAGCAAGCCUAAUGGGAAAAGCAAAAACAAUAAUUCAACUGAAGCCAAGGAAUUCUGACUGUCCACUCAAAACUUCUAUUCCAAUCAAAGCUAUCUGUGACUACAGACAAAUUGAGAUAACCAUUUACAAAGAUGAUGAAUGUGUUUUGGCGAAUAACUCUCAUCGUGCUAAAUGGAAGGUCAUUAGUCCUACUGGGAACGAGGCUAUGGUCCCAUCUGUGUGCUUCACCGUUCCUCCGCCAAACAAAGAAGCGGUGGACUUUGCCAACAGAAUUGAGCAACAGUAUCAGAAUGUCCUGACUCUUUGGCAUGAGUCUCACAUAAACAUGAAGAGUGUAGUAUCCUGGCAUUAUCUCAUCAAUGAAAUUGAUAGAAUUCGAGCCAGCAAUGUGGCUUCAAUAAAGACAAUGCUACCUGGUGAACAUCAGCAAGUUCUAAGUAAUCUACAAUCUCGUUUUGAAGAUUUUCUGGAAGAUAGCCAGGAGUCCCAAAUCUUUUCAGGCUCAGAUAUAACACAACUGGAAAAGGAGGUUAAUGUAUGUAAGCAGUAUUAUCAAGAACUUCUUAAGUCUGCAGAAAGAGAGGAGCAAGAGGAGUCAGUUUAUAAUCUCUACAUCUCUGAAGUUCGAAACAUUAGACUUAGGUUAGAGAACUGUGAAGAUCGGCUGAUUAGACAGAUUCGAACUCCCCUGGAAAGAGAUGAUUUGCAUGAAAGUGUGUUCAGAAUCACAGAACAAGAGAAACUAAAGAAAGAGCUGGAACGACUUAAGGAUGAUUUGGGAACUAUCACAAAUAAGUGUGAGGAGUUUUUCAGUCAAGCAGCGGCCUCUUCAUCAGUCCCUACCCUACGAUCGGAGCUUAAUGUGGUCCUUCAGAACAUGAACCAAGUCUAUUCUAUGUCUUCCACUUACAUAGAUAAGUUAAAAACUGUUAACUUGGUGUUAAAAAACACUCAAGCUGCAGAAGCCCUUGUAAAACUCUAUGAAACUAAACUGUGUGAAGAAGAAGCAGUUAUAGCUGACAAGAAUAAUAUUGAGAAUCUAAUAAGUACUUUAAAGCAAUGGAGAUCUGAAGUAGAUGAAAAGAGACAGGUAUUCCAUGCAUUAGAGGAUGAGUUGCAGAAAGCUAAAGCCAUCAGUGAUGAAAUGUUUAAAACGUAUAAAGAACGGGACCUUGAUUUUGACUGGCACAAAGAAAAAGCAGAUCAAUUAGUUGAAAGGUGGCAAAAUGUUCAUGUGCAGAUUGACAACAGGUUACGGGACUUAGAGGGCAUUGGCAAAUCACUGAAGUACUACAGAGAUACUUACCACCCUUUAGAUGAUUGGAUCCAGCAGGUUGAAACUACUCAGAGAAAGAUUCAGGAAAAUCAGCCUGAAAAUAGUAAAACCCUAGCCACACAGUUGAAUCAACAGAAGAUGUUGGUGUCUGAAAUAGAAAUGAAACAGAGCAAAAUGGACGAGUGUCAAAAAUAUGCAGAACAGUACUCAGCUACAGUGAAGGACUAUGAAUUACAAACAAUGACCUACCGGGCCAUGGUAGAUUCACAACAAAAAUCUCCAGUGAAACGCCGAAGAAUGCAGAGUUCAGCAGAUCUCAUUAUUCAAGAGUUCAUGGACUUAAGGACUCGGUAUACUGCCCUGGUCACUCUCAUGACACAAUAUAUUAAAUUUGCUGGUGAUUCAUUGAAGAGGCUGGAAGAGGAGGAGAAGUCACUGGAAGAAGAAAAGAAAGAGCAUGUUGAAAAAGCCAAAGAAUUGCAGAAAUGGGUAUCAAAUAUCAGCAAGACAUUGAAAGAUGCAGAGAAGGCUGGGAAACCUCCCUUCUCUAUGCAAAAGAUCUCCAGUGAGGAAAUAUCAACCAAAAAGGAACAGUUAUCGGAAACACUUCAAGCUAUGCAGCUUUUUUUGGCAAAACAUGGAGAUAAAAUGACAGAUGAAGAAAGAAAUGAAUUGGAAAAACAAGUGAAAAGUCUUCAAGAAAGUUAUAAUUUAUUAUUCAGUGAAUCUCUGAAACAGCUACAAGAAUCACAAACCUCAGGAGAUGUAAAGGUAGAGGAGAAGAUUGUAGCAGAGCGUCAGCAGGAGUAUAAAGAGAAACUCCAAGGGAUAUGUGAUCUUCUUACCCAAACUGAAAACCGCCUAAUUGGUCACCAAGAAGCCUUCAUGAUUGGAGAUGGCACAGUUGAGUUAAAGAAAUAUCAGUCCAAGCAAGAGGAAUUACAGAAAGAUAUGCAAGGAAGUGCACAGGCAUUGGCUGAAGUAGUGAAAAACACGGAGAACUUCUUAAAAGAGAAUGGUGAAAAGCUGUCACGGGAAGAUAAGGCUUUGAUUGAACAGAAACUUAAUGAAGCUAAGAUAAAGUGUGAACAGCUUAAUUUAAAAGCAGAACAGUCUAAAAAGGAGCUGGAUAAAGUUGUGACAACAGCAAUCAAGGAAGAAACUGAAAAGGUUGCGGCAGUGAAGCAGCUGGAAGAGAGCAAAACCAAAAUAGAAAACCUUUUGGACUGGUUGUCAAAUGUUGACAAAGACUCAGAAAGGGCAGGGACGAAACACAGACAGGUAAUCGAACAGAACGGGACCCAUUUUCAAGAAGGUGAUGGCAAGUCAGCAAUUGGAGAAGAGGAUGAAGUUAAUGGUAACCUGUUGGAGACUGAUGUUGAUGGGCAAGUUGGACCCACUCAGGAGAAUCUGAAUCAGCAGUAUCAGAAAGUUAAGGCCCAACACGAGAAGAUCAUCUCUCAGCACCAAGCAGUCAUCAUAGCCACUCAGUCUGCACAAGUGUUGCUUGAGAAACAGGGUCAGUAUCUCUCUCCUGAAGAAAAAGAGAAACUGCAAAAGAACAUGAAAGAACUGAAAGCGCAUUAUGAAACUGCACUGGCUGAGUCAGAGAAGAAAAUGAAGUUAACUCACUCUCUGCAGGAAGAAUUAGAAAAGUUUGAUGCUGACUAUACCGAGUUUGAGCACUGGCUACAGCAGUCAGAACAAGAACUUGAAAACCUGGAGGCAGGUGCAGAUGACCUCAAUGGUUUAAUGACCAAAUUGAAGAGGCAGAAGAGUUUCUCAGAAGAUGUUAUUUCUCACAAAGGUGACUUGAGAUACAUCACAAUUUCUGGAAACAGAGUGUUAGAAGCUGCCAAAUCUUGCAGCAAGAGAGAUGGUGGCCAGGUUGAUACUUCUGCAACCCACAGAGAAGUGCAGCACAAGUUGGAUCAUGCUACUGAUCGGUUCAGGUCUCUCUACUCUAAGUGCAAUGUUCUUGGAAAUAAUCUUAAAGAUCUGGUGGAUAAAUAUCAACACUAUGAAGAUGCUUCAUGUGGACUUCUUUCUGGACUCCAGGCCUGUGAGGCCACAGCGAGCAAACACUUAUCUGAACCUAUUGCGGUGGACCCCAAAAAUCUUCAAAGGCAAUUAGAAGAGACGAAGGCUCUGCAAGGACAGAUAUCAAGUCAGCAGGUUGCUGUAGAGAAACUGAAGAAAACGGCUGAAGUGCUUUUAGAUGCCAGGGGAUCUUUACUUCCAGCCAAGAAUGAUAUCCAGAAAACACUUGAUGACAUUGUUGGGAGAUACGAGGAUCUGUCCAAGUCUGUUAAUGAACGAAAUGAAAAACUCCAGAUAACCUUGACCCGUUCACUGAGUGUGCAGGAUGGCUUGGAUGAAAUGCUGGACUGGAUGGGAAGUGUGGAAAGUUCUCUGAAAGAACAAGGUCAAGUGCCUUUAAACUCUGCUGCUCUUCAGGAUAUCAUCAGUAAAAACAUUAUGUUGGAACAGGAUAUUGCAGGUCGUCAGAGCAGUAUAAAUGCCAUGAAUGAAAAAGUGAAGAAAUUUAUGGAAACAACAGAUCCAUCCACUGCAUCCUCACUGCAAGCCAAAAUGAAAGACUUGUGUGCUCGGUUUUCAGAAGCAAGUCAUAAACACAAAGAAACUCUUGCUAAAAUGGAGGAACUAAAAACCAAAGUAGAACUGUUUGAGAACCUCUCAGAAAAGCUCCAAACAUUUUUAGAAACAAAAACUCAGGCUCUUACUGAAGUAGAUGUGCCAGGAAAAGAUGUUACUGAAUUGUCUCAGUAUAUGCAGGAAUCAACUUCUGAAUUUUUAGAACACAAGAAAGAUCUUGAAGUUUUGCAUAGUCUCUUGAAGGAGAUAUCCAGCCAUGGCUUACCAAGUGAUAAGGCUUUGGUUUUUGAAAAAACAAAUAAUUUGUCAAAGAAAUUCAAGGAAAUGGAAGAUACCAUCAAAGAAAAAAAAGAAGCUGUAACUUCUUGUCAAGAACAGUUGGAUGCAUUCCAAGUUCUUGUUAAAUCAUUGAAGUCAUGGAUAAAAGAAACAACAAAAAAAGUUCCCAUUGUGCAGCCUUCUUUUGGUGCAGAGGAUUUAGGAAAAUCUUUGGAAGAUACUAAGAAAUUACAAGAAAAGUGGAGUUUAAAAACACCAGAGAUUCAGAAAGUAAACAACAGUGGGAUCUCACUAUGUAACUUAAUAAGUGCUGUGACCACCCCUGCAAAGGCAAUAGCAGCAGUUAAAUCAGGUGGAGCAAUAUUAAAUGGUGAAGGAACAGCCACAAAUACUGAGGAAUUUUGGGCAAAUAAAGGUUUAACAUCCAUUAAAAAGGACAUGACUGACAUAAGUCAUGAUUAUGAAGAUCUUGGCCUCUUACUCAAGGACAAAAUAGCAGAACUGAACACUAAACUCUCCAAAUUGCAAAAGGCUCAGGAAGAAUCAAGUGCAAUGAUGCAGUGGUUACAGAAAAUGAACAAAACUGCAACAAAAUGGCAUCAGACACCUGCACCUACAGAUACUGAAGCUGUGAAGACUCAAGUUGAGCAGAAUAAGUCAUUUGAGGCAGAACUGAAGCAGAAUGUAAACAAAGUACAGGAGUUGAAAGACAAGUUGACAGAGCUGUUGGAGGAGAACCCAGAUACUCCUGAGGCCCCCAGAUGGAAACAGAUGUUGACAGAAAUAGAUUCUAAGUGGCAAGAACUCAAUCAAUUAACAAUUGAUAGACAACAAAAACUGGAAGAAUCCUCCAAUAAUCUAACCCAGUUCCAGACUGUAGAGGCCCAGUUGAAACAGUGGCUUGUGGAAAAAGAACUUAUGGUCAGUGUUCUUGGGCCCUUGUCAAUUGACCCAAAUAUGCUAAACACGCAAAGGCAGCAGGUGCAGAUUCUGCUGCAAGAAUUUGCCACUCGGAAACCUCAAUAUGAACAGCUCACAGCAGCUGGUCAGGGCAUUCUGAGCAGACCUGGAGAAGACCCUUCUUUACAUGGGAUUGUGAAAGAGCAACUGGCAGCUGUGACCCAAAAAUGGGAUAGCCUAACAGGGCAAUUGAGUGACAGAUGUGACUGGAUUGACCAAGCCAUUGUUAAAAGUACACAGUAUCAAAGCCUGCUGAGAAGCCUUUCUGAUAAACUGAGUGACUUGGAUAAUAAACUCAGCAGCAGUCUGGCUGUGAGCACGCACCCUGACGCUAUGAACCAACAGUUGGAAACAGCCCAAAAAAUGAAGCAGGAAAUACAGCAGGAAAAGAAGCAGAUAAAAGUGGCCCAGGCACUCUGUGAGGAUUUGUCAGCACUGGUUAAAGAAGAGUACUUGAAAGCAGAACUUAGUAGGCAGCUAGAAGGCAUCUUAAAAUCAUUUAAGGAUAUUGAACAGAAAGCAGAGAGUCAUGUCCAGCACCUUCAGUCAGCCUGUGCAAGCUCUCAUCAAUUUCAGCAAAUGUCUAGAGAUUUUCAGGCUUGGCUAGAUACAAAGAAAGAAGAGCAAAACAAGUCUCAUCCAAUAUCCGCCAAACUCAAUGUCUUGGAGUCGUUAAUUAAAGAUCAUAAAGACUUUAGUAAAACUUUGACUGCUCAGUCUCAUAUUUAUGAAAAAACCAUUGCAGAAGGUGAAAAUCUGUUAUUAAAAACACAAGGGUCUGAGAAGGCAGCCUUACAGUUACAGCUUAAUACAAUUAAAACCAGUUGGGAUACAUUUAAUAAGCAGGUGAAAGAAAGAGAAAACAAGUUAAAAGAUUCAUUGGAAAAAGCCCUUAAGUAUAAAGAGCAAGUAGAGACUCUCCGGCCGUGGAUAGACAAAUGCCAAAACAACCUGGAGGAAAUAAAAUUUUUCUUGGAUCCUGCUGAAGGAGAGAAUUCUAUUGCCAAGUUAAAGUCUCUGCAGAAGGAAAUGGACCAACACUUUGGUAUGGUAGAAUUACUGAACAAUACAGCCAAUAGCUUGCUCAGUGUCUGUGAGAUAGAUAAAGAAGUUGUUACAGAUGAGAAUAAGUCACUGAUCCAGAAGGUGGACAUGGUCACUGAACAACUUCACAGUAAGAAAUUCUCUCUAGAGAACAUGGCUCAGAAGUUUAAAGAAUUUCAAGAAGUUUCCAAAGAAUCUAAAAGGCAGCUUCACUGUGCAAAGGAGCAACUAGAUAUCCAUGAUUCCCUGGGACCCCAGGCUUACAGUAACAAAUACCUGACCAUGUUGCAGACUCAGCAGAAAUCACUUCAGGCCUUGAAGCAUCAGGUAGAUUUGGCUAAAAGACUUGCACAGGACCUUGUGGUAGAGGCCUCAGACUCAAAGGGAACCUCUGAUGUUUUAUUACAAGCGGAAACCAUAGCUCAAGAGCAUAGUGCACUAAGUCAGCAGGUUGAUGAAAAGUGUUCUUUCUUAGAAACCAAGCUUCAGGGCAUUGGGCAUUUCCAGAAUACCAUUCGAGAAAUGUUUUCUCAGUUUGCAGAGUUUGAUGAUGAACUGGAUAGCAUGGCUCCAGUGGGGAGAGAUGCAGAAACAUUGCAAAAGCAAAAGGAAACUAUAAAAGCCUUUCUAAAGAAACUAGAAGCCCUCAUAGCAAGCAACGACAAUGCCAAUAAAACCUGCAAGAUGAUGUUAGCCACAGAAGAAACCUCUCCUGACCUUGUUGGAAUCAAAAGGGACUUGGAGGCCUUAAGCAAACAAUGCAACAAGUUACUGGACCGAGCCCAAGCCAGAGAAGAGCAGGUUGAAGGGACAAUUAAGCGUCUUGAAGAAUUUUACAGCAAAUUGAAAGAAUUCUCUAUUCUGCUCCAGAAAGCCGAAGAACAUGAAGAGUCACAAGGUCCUGUUGGCAUGGAAACGGAGACAAUUAAUCAGCAGCUUGAGGUGUUCAAGGUAUUCCAGAAAGAAGAGAUUGAACCCUUGCAAGGUAAACAGCAAGAUGUAAACUGGUUAGGUCAAGGCCUUAUUCAGAGUGCUGCCAAAAGCACUAGCACUCAGGGCUUGGAGCAUGACCUGGAUGAUGUCAAUGCACGGUGGAAGACUCUCAAUAAAAAGGUGGCUCAGCGAGCAGCCCAGCUGCAGGAGGCCUUGCUGCACUGUGGGAGAUUCCAGGAUGCCCUGGAGUCCCUGCUUAGCUGGAUGGUGGACACUGAGGAGCUUGUGGCCAAUCAGAAGCCCCCAUCGGCCGAGUUCAAAGUGGUAAAAGCCCAGAUACAAGAACAAAAGCUUCUUCAAAGGUUGUUGGAUGACCGCAAAUCUACGGUGGAGGUAAUCAAACGAGAAGGAGAAAAAAUUGCUACAACAGCAGAGCCUGCAGAUAAAGUGAAAAUUUUGAAACAGCUCAGUCUCUUGGAUAGUAGAUGGGAGGCACUGCUUAAUAAAGCUGAAGCAAGGAAUCGUCAGUUGGAAGGUAUCUCGGUGGUAGCCCAGCAAUUUCAUGAAACCUUAGAACCACUGAACGAGUGGCUUACAACCAUAGAAAAGAGGCUGGUGAAUUGUGAACCCAUAGGAACCCAAGCAUCUAAACUUGAGGAACAAAUUUCACAGCACAAAGCCUUAGAAGAUGACAUCAUCAAUCACAAUAAACAUUUACACCAGGCUGUUAGCAUUGGCCAGUCCUUAAAGGUUUUGAGCUCCAGGGAGGAUAAAGAUAUGGUGCAGAGUAAAUUAGACUUCUCUCAAGUGUGGUACAUUGAGAUUCAAGAGAAAAGUCACAGCAGGUCUGAGCUCCUCCAGCAGGCCUUAUGUAAUGCUAAGAUUUUUGGGGAAGAUGAAGUUGAACUGAUGAACUGGCUGAAUGAAGUGCAUGACAAACUGAGCAAGCUCUCAGUCCAGGAUUACAGCACUGAGGGGCUAUGGAAGCAGCAGUCUGAACUUCGGGUUCUGCAAGAGGACAUCUUACUCAGGAAACAAAAUGUAGAUCAGGCUUUACUAAAUGGUUUAGAACUACUUAAACAAACCACAGGUGAUGAAGUUUUAAUAAUUCAAGAUAAAUUGGAAGCCAUUAAAGCAAGGUACAAAGACAUUACUAAAUUGAGCACUGAUGUAGCCAAGACUCUGGAACAGGCACUGCAGCUUGCAAGGCGGCUGCACUCCACACACGAAGAGCUGUGUACCUGGCUGGACAAAGUGGAGGUGGAACUACUUUCAUAUGAAACUCAGGUUCUGAAAGGAGAAGCAGCAAGUCAAGCACAAGUGAGACAAAAAGAACUGAAAAAGGAAGCUAAGAACAACAAAGCCUUACUGGACUCCCUUAAUGAAGUGAGCAGUGCUUUGCUGGAACUGGUACCAUGGAGGGCAAGAGAAGGACUUGAGAAAAUGGUAGCUGAGGACAAUGAGCGCUACCGAUUAGUGAGCGACACCAUCACUCAGAAGGUGGAGGAGAUCGAUGCUGCCAUUCUGCGAUCACAGCAGUUUGACCAAGCAGCUGAUGCUGAGUUAUCCUGGAUUACUGAGACAGAGAAAAAAUUGAUGUCUCUGGGUGACAUCAGGCUUGAGCAAGACCAGACUUCUGCUCAGCUUCAAGUUCAAAAGACAUUCACCAUGGAGAUUUUGAGACACAAGGAUAUUAUUGAUGAACUUGUUAAAUCUGGGCAUAAAAUCAUGACCGCAUGCAGUGAAGAGGAAAAGCAAUCAAUGAAGAAAAAACUGGACAAAGUACUGAAGAACUAUGAUACCAUCUGCCAGAUUAAUUCAGAAAGGUAUCUGCAGCUGGAACGGGCACAGUCCCUGGUUAACCAAUUCUGGGAAACAUAUGAAGAACUUUGGCCAUGGCUGACAGAAACACAAUCAAUCAUCUCUCAGCUUCCCGCCCCAGCCCUUGAAUAUGAAACUCUAAGGCAGCAGCAGGAAGAACAUCGGCAACUGCGAGAGUUAAUAGCUGAACACAAGCCUCAUAUAGAUAAGAUGAACAAAACUGGGCCACAGUUACUGGAAUUGAGCCCUGGGGAAGGCUUUUCUAUCCAAGAGAAGUAUGUGGCAGCCGACACCCUUUACAGUCAAAUUAAAGAAGAUGUCAAAAAGCGAGCUGUGGCACUGGAUGAAGCCAUUUCUCAAUCAACUCAGUUCCAUGACAAGAUAGAUCAGAUUCUUGAGAGCCUGGAACGCAUUGUGGAACGUCUGAGGCAGCCGCCGUCUAUCUCUGCAGAGGUCGAGAAGAUCAAGGAACAGAUCAGUGAAAAUAAGAAUGUGUCAGUAGACAUGGAAAAGCUACAGCCAUUAUAUGAAACUCUUAAACAGAGGGGAGAGGAAAUGAUCGCUAGAUCUGGGGGGACUGAUAAAGACAUAUCUGCCAAAGCUGUUCAGGAUAAACUUGACCAAAUGGUUUUCAUUUGGGAGAACAUACACACACUGGUGGAAGAAAGGGAAGCCAAACUACUGGAUGUGAUGGAGCUAGCAGAAAAGUUCUGGUGUGAUCACAUGUCAUUGGUAGUUACCAUUAAAGAUACUCAAGAUUUCAUCCGGGACCUGGAAGAUCCUGGAAUUGAUCCUUCAGUAGUAAAACAACAGCAAGAAGCAGCAGAGGCCAUAAGGGAAGAAAUAGACGGACUACAGGAGGAGCUGGAUAUAGUUAUUAACCUGGGUUCUGAACUCAUUGCGGCAUGUGGGGAGCCUGAUAAACCCAUUGUCAAGAAGAGUAUAGAUGAGUUAAAUUCAGCAUGGGAUUCUCUAAAUAAAGCUUGGAAAGACCGGAUUGACAAACUUGAGGAGGCAAUGCAGGCUGCCGUUCAGUACCAGGAUGGACUGCAGGCAGUAUUUGACUGGGUGGAUAUUGCAGGUGGUAAAUUAGCUUCAAUGUCUCCAAUCGGAACAGAUCUUGAAACUGUCAAGCAGCAGAUUGAAGAGCUAAAGCAAUUUAAGUCUGAGGCCUAUCAACAGCAGAUAGAAAUGGAAAGACUGAACCAUCAAGCAGAGCUUUUGCUAAAGAAAGUGACAGAAGAGAGUGACAAACACACUGUUCAAGACCCAUUAAUGGAACUGAAAUUGAUAUGGGAUAGCCUGGAGGAGAGAAUCAUCAACAGACAGCAUAAACUGGAGGGUGCUCUAUUAGCAUUGGGUCAGUUCCAGCAUGCCCUGGAUGAGCUCCUGACGUGGCUGACACACACCGAGGGCUUGUUAAGUGAGCAGAAACCUGUUGGAGGAGACCCUAAAGCCAUUGAAAUUGAACUUGCCAAGCAUCAUGUGCUCCAAAAUGAUGUAUUAGCCCAUCAGUCCACAGUGGAAGCCGUUAAUAAAGCAGGAAAUGAUCUAAUUGAAUCAAGUGCAGGAGAAGAAGCAAGCAACCUUCAGAACAAGCUACAGGUUUUAAAUCAACGCUGGCAAAAUGUUUUGGAAAAAACUGAACAAAGGAAGCAGCAGCUGGAUGGUGCCUUGCGCCAGGCCAAAGGGUUCCAUGGCGAAAUCGAGGAUUUGCAGCAGUGGCUGACUGACACGGAGCGUCAUCUGUUGGCAUCUAAACCGCUGGGAGGUUUACCGGAAACAGCCAGGGAGCAGCUUAAUGUCCAUAUGGAAGUCUGUGCCGCCUUUGAAGCUAAAGAAGAAACAUAUAAGAGUCUGAUGCAGAAAGGCCAGCAGAUGCUUGCAAGAUGCCCAAAAUCUGCAGAGACAAAUAUUGACCAAGACAUAAAUAACUUGAAAGAAAAAUGGGAAUCGGUGGAAACCAAACUCAAUGAAAGGAAAACUAAACUGGAAGAGGCUCUCAACUUGGCAAUGGAGUUCCACAAUUCUCUCCAAGACUUCAUCAACUGGCUUACUCAGGCUGAACAGACCCUAAAUGUAGCUUCUCGGCCAAGUCUUAUUUUGGAUACUGUCUUAUUUCAAAUUGAUGAACACAAGGUUUUUGCCAAUGAAGUAAAUUCUCAUCGUGAGCAGAUAAUAGAACUGGACAAAACUGGAACCCACCUAAAAUAUUUUAGUCAGAAACAAGAUGUUGUUCUAAUCAAGAAUCUACUUAUCAGUGUACAAAGUCGAUGGGAAAAAGUGGUUCAACGGUUGGUAGAGAGAGGAAGAUCUUUGGAUGAUGCAAGGAAGAGAGCCAAGCAGUUCCAUGAAGCUUGGAGUAAACUUAUGGAGUGGCUGGAAGAGUCAGAAAAGUCUUUGGAUUCUGAACUGGAAAUAGCAAAUGAUCCAGACAAAAUAAAAACACAACUUGCACAACAUAAGGAGUUUCAGAAAUCACUCGGAGCCAAGCAUUCUGUCUAUGACACCACCAACAGGACUGGACGUUCUCUGAAGGAGAAAACCUCCCUAGCUGAUGACAACCUGAAACUGGAUGACAUGCUGAGUGAACUUAGAGACAAAUGGGAUACCAUAUGUGGAAAAUCUGUGGAAAGACAAAACAAAUUGGAGGAAGCCCUGUUAUUUUCUGGACAAUUCACAGAUGCCCUACAGGCUCUCAUUGAUUGGUUGUAUAGAGUUGAACCCCAGCUGGCAGAAGACCAACCUGUUCAUGGAGACAUUGAUUUAGUAAUGAAUCUGAUCGAUAAUCACAAGGCCUUCCAAAAAGAGUUGGGGAAGAGGACCAGCAGUGUGCAGGCCCUGAAGCGCUCAGCCCGAGAACUCAUAGAAGGCAGUCGGGAUGACUCCUCCUGGGUCAAAGUCCAGAUGCAAGAAUUAAGCACACGCUGGGAGACCGUGUGUGCACUUUCCAUAUCAAAGCAAACGCGGUUAGAAGCAGCCCUGCGUCAGGCAGAGGAAUUCCACUCGGUGGUACAUGCCCUCUUGGAGUGGCUGGCUGAGGCAGAGCAAACCCUGCGUUUCCAUGGUGUCCUCCCAGAUGAUGAGGAUGCUCUCCGGACUCUCAUUGAUCAGCAUAAAGUGAGUAAUAUAUAAAUGCUAAGUAAAGCUACAUUAGAAAAUCAAAGCAAGGAAAAUAGACUCAUGAUUACAAAUAUCAACUGCAUGAAUAUUUUCCUUCCUGAGAAAUACUUAAACACCUGUCAUCCAAAUAUUAAACACUGGAUGACUGUACUUAAAUUUCUGUUUCUCUGACAGGUGCUGGCCUGGGCAAAGCAACAUCAGCAGAGAUUAGCAAGUGCUCUGGCUGGGCUUAUUGCCAAACAGGAAUUGUUGGAAGCUUUGCUGGCUUGGUUGCAAUGGGCUGAAACUACACUUACUGAUAAGGAUAAAGAAGUCAUCCCCCAGGAGAUCGAAGAGGUGAAAGCACUCAUUGCAGAACACCAGACCUUCAUGGAGGAGAUGACCAGAAAACAGCCUGAUGUUGAUAAAGUAACGAAGACCUACAAGAGGAGAGCUGCUGAUCCUUCCUCAUUACAAUCCCAUAUUCCAGUCUUGGAUAAGGGACGAGCAGGAAGAAAACGCUUUCCAGCAUCAAGCUUGUAUCCCUCUGGGUCACAGACACAAAUUGAAACCAAAAAUCCUAGGGUUAACUUACUGGUGAGCAAAUGGCAGCAAGUCUGGCUCCUGGCGUUGGAAAGAAGGAGGAAACUCAAUGAUGCCUUGGACAGGCUGGAGGAGCUGAGGGAAUUUGCUAACUUUGAUUUUGAUAUUUGGCGCAAAAAAUACAUGCGAUGGAUGAAUCACAAGAAAUCUCGAGUGAUGGACUUCUUCAGGAGAAUUGAUAAAGACCAGGAUGGGAAAAUAACACGGCAGGAAUUUAUUGAUGGAAUUCUUUCCUCAAAGUUUCCAACCAGUCGCUUGGAGAUGAGCGCAGUUGCAGACAUCUUUGACAGAGAUGGUGAUGGAUAUAUUGACUACUAUGAAUUUGUAGCAGCCCUUCACCCAAAUAAAGAUGCAUAUAAACCUAUCACAGAUGCUGACAAAAUCGAAGAUGAGGUGACAAGGCAGGUAGCUAAGUGUAAAUGUGCAAAGCGAUUUCAAGUUGAACAGAUUGGUGAUAAUAAAUACAGGUUCUUCCUGGGAAAUCAGUUUGGAGACUCCCAGCAACUGCGACUGGUCCGGAUCCUGCGGAGUACUGUGAUGGUUCGUGUUGGAGGUGGAUGGAUGGCACUUGAUGAGUUCUUAGUGAAAAAUGAUCCUUGCAGGGCCAAAGGAAGGACAAACAUGGAACUGCGUGAGAAGUUCAUUUUAGCAGAUGGUGCCAGCCAGGGUAUGGCUGCUUUCCGACCCCGAGGCCGAAGAUCCCGGCCAUCAUCACGAGGCGCUUCACCCAACAGAUCCACUUCUGUGUCCAGUCAGGCUGCACAGGCGGCCACCCCACAGGUCCCUGCCACCACCACACCCAAGAUUCUCCAUCCUUUAACACGCAAUUAUGGUAAACCAUGGUUGACAAACAGCAAAAUGUCAACUCCUGGUAAAGCAGCAGAGUGCUCAGACUUUCCCGUGCCAUCUGCAGAGGGAACGCCAAUACAAGGAAGCAAGCUUCGACUUCCAGGAUAUUUAUCAGGGAAAGGCUUCCACUCUGGGGAGGACAGUGGCUUGAUAACAACUGCAGCUGCCAGAGUCCGAACACAAUUUGCUGAUUCCAAGAAGACUCCCAGCCGACCAGGAAGUCGAGCUGGAAGCAAAGCUGGCAGCAGGGCCAGCAGCCGCCGAGGCAGUGAUGCAUCAGACUUUGACAUUUCAGAAAUCCAGUCUGUGUGCUCAGAUGUGGAAACUGUCCCCCAGACACACAGACCUACACCCCGAGCAGGUUCUCGGCCAUCCACAGCAAAGCCUUCAAAAAUCCCCACGCCCCAGAGGAAAUCACCUGCCAGCAAAUUGGACAAGUCCUCAAAGAGAUAGUGCAAUUGGUUCUACCAAGGCCCUUCCUUGAGCAUUUAUUAUUUAAGUUUGAACAAUGUAAAAUAUGGUGUAGAAAUUCUUGUGAAUUAUUGCAAGAGGCGAGUUUAAAAUUCUGCAGAUGGCCUUAUUUGUGUAUUUGUCUUUUUAUUUUAUCUGUAUAAUGUUUUUGUCAGAUAUUCUGGGGUUAAAAUCACAUCAUAUGUGAGGAGGAAAAGUUUAACAUGAACUAACAUUUCUGCACUGUAAUGUGCAGGGCACACACUAAACUCAGUUACUGUUCCUACAGGUAAGUCUACAUCCUCUCUGACAGCCACAGCACUAUAUCAAUCCCUGACGUUAAGGAUACCUCAUGACAUUUUCCUGUUUUUAUGGAAACUCUGAGAAGCUGAAUGAUACAUGCGGGGGAUAUUUUUUGAGAUGAUUUAAAUGUAACCCAAAAGAUGGAAGACAGAAAGAUAAACGCACCCACACACAGUCUUUGCAGUAUCUGACAGAGAACUCACAGGAAGUUACUUCAAGCACUUGCCAGUACUAUGAUAUUCAAGUACCUUGCAGCAUUUCUGUGCCAUUGCUUUCAAUGAGGCCAGAGGCAUCCUGGAUAUUAGACCUAUUAUACUGUAAGAAUAUAAGUAUAAAGUGCAUUCAUAUACAUGUGAGGUUUUCUUUUGCUUGAGUGGACAGUAGCACCUGUAUCAUUGAACUCAUUUUGUAUCAGAGCAAUUUUGCUUGCAGAAAGCUAUGAAAUAAAACAUGUCCCUUAACUGCAUUGCUAUGGAAUUAAUUUUUUUUCCCCAGGGAAAAUUAGUGUAUUUUUUUAUGAGCAAUAUCAAAUUUGGAGUGACCAAAAGAUACUUAAAAAUGGGUUUAUUUUGAUUUCUCAUCUGAAAUAAUCAUGUUCUGGUAUUAUAUCUAUCUAUAUUUAAUAAAUAUAUACAUUUUAAUUUAUUAUGUAUACUCACAUACUAUAGAAAGAUAUUAGUAUGCAUUUAAUAAAACAUAUUCACUUGAA